ACAAUUGAAUUCUGCCGGCAUACACGCGUUAGCUUCCCGUUUUACGACACACGUAUCUGCCAAACAAAAUAAUAAUAAAGGAGGGAAAUAUUCAAAUAUAUUAUGGUAUUUGCUAGUUAUCGCCUUAUUUUUCGUUAAAUAUCAUGUGAGAAAGUUUUCUUUAUUGUUUUAUUGAGAAAAUGUGAAUGUUUUGUUUAUAACACCGGACAGGUAGUCAAGUGUCGCUAGAAGUUUAAUCGAAAACAAAAUUAAAAUGGAUGAGUUGAGGUCGAAACAUAAGUCCCUGCACAAUGCCGCUCACCACAUCGCCUUGGAGUGUAUUAAUCCUCAGUCUCACUCGCCGUACCAUGUGCACCCGUACCCGAGCCCAGUACGGCUGCAGCACGCCUUCCAUAGCCAGAAUAGCCCUAAGAUGUUCCACCCUAAAGGGCUCAAGCCCCAUAUCGACGGGCGCGCGUACAGCACACCAAACGACAGCCCGAUCCUCGGGCGCGCCCUCUGCCUCACGCCCCGCGGCAGCCCCCUACCGGGCCGAGUCUCGCACCUUAGCGACAAGUUUCAAGACUCGCUCACUCUGGCGUCAGACACGGACGCCCUCGUCGCCAAGAUCAGUGCCAUGUUCCCCACUGUCAGCGAGACGCAUAUCAAGAUACUGCUGAAGAAAUACUACAACCGUGAAGCAGUCGUAAUAAGCGCUCUCCAAGUCGAGAAGCACCCUAUAACGACCCCGGGGCCUCUCACCAUGUCCCCCAUGGCGGCUCGCAUGCAAAAGGGGGCUAUGGGGGUCUAUUCGGCCCUGCAGCUCGCCAAGGGAGUUUCUGGCUCCAUACACUCUGCUCAUUUUACCCCGCUCUCUGGGACACCUCAAGGGUCACCGAGCCUGCUGCGGCCAGCAUCCGGAGCCUCCAGCCAUUACGGCGCCCGCUCAACCAGCAGUCAACCCACCAGGCACCAAUCGCCGAAGAUGAAGCUGAAAUACCUGAAGAGCGUUUUCCCGAAGGCUGAGGAAACGCUGAUCCUGGACGUGCUCGCGAACAAGGACAACAACGUGCAGAAGGCUAGCGAGGAACUCCUCACCAUGGGGUUCACUAAAAAGGAGAUUGUAAAGAAGAAAGAAGAAACCCCCCAGCCUGUCAAAAAAGUUGUCACCAUUGUUAAAACGGCGGAGGAGAAAAACGAAUUAAAGAAGAAACUCCAAAAUAAAUACAGCGCUGUGGCCGAGCGCGUCAUCUCCAUAGCGCUCGACAGCGUAGAUUACAACGAGGAGCGCGCCGAGCAGAUACUCUCUGCUGUGCUAACGGAGGAGCCCAAGAUCAAAACGGAACCAACGACGCCGAAACGGUCUCGGACACCUGAAGUCAAACCUGGGGAGGAGCGGAGAGCGGUGCUGCCGUGUGUUAUAAGCGUCGCGCGACUACCGAAUGAGACAGCAAGCAUACACGACACGCUUGACGUAUUAGAUGACGUUGUCACUUCUUGGCCGAUCUUGAAGACGAGCGUCGCCGAAACCAAAUAUAAGUCACAGUACACGGUAGCGGGCGCCGGGCCCAACCCGGCGCUCCGGCGUGGCCCGAAGGACAAUCUUUUACUUGAGGACUACAUGGCCUGGAAGGGUCCUAACCCUGACCUUCGCAAGGGGCCCUGCGUGCGGCCCUCGGGCCCUGAGCCCCGCGAGAGGGGCUUCUCGUUAGCGCGGGGGCCCGGCGAGCUCGCCAGUGGCCCCGCCGGACUAAACAAGGGCUCCAUAUAUCAGAAGAUGAACAAGAAGACGGCAAAAAUGUGA